CAGGCUCGAAUAUUUCUCCAGACAGCUGUGUCAGGCACUCAAAUAGAGCCUUACGCGAUAAAGGCCACAGCAACGGAGAGCCCUGGAGUUAGAAGACCAAGAAGAAGGACCAGCAGCUCUGACGUCCGCCACAUUUCUGAGAAGAUGCAGACACUUCUACUCCUGAUGGCCAUUCUUCUGUUCCCCAGGACGGAGGCAGGGGAAAUCAUCGGGGGCCAUGAGGCUAAGCCUCACUCUCGUCCCUACAUGGCACAUCUUGGGAACUGUGGGGGUUUCCUUGUGCGUGAGGACUUCGUACUGACAGCAGCUCACUGCUGGAGAAGCUCAAUUACUGUCACCCUGGGAGCCCACAACAUCAAGCAGAAAGAGGAGACCCAGCAGGAAAUCCUGGUGAAAAGAGCCAUACGCCACCCAGACUAUAAUAAUCCUCCACACUGGAACGACAUCAUGUUACUGCAGCUGGAGAAGAAGGCCAAACUGACUGCCGCCGUGAGCCUCAUCAAUCUGCCCUCAAUGAGAGACAAGGUGAAGCCAGGGAUGGUGUGCAGUGUGGCCGGAUGGGGGCGCCUGGCUAUAAACACCAGAGGUGAUGGAAAACUGCACGAAGUAGAGAUUGAAAUACAGAGCAACAAAAAAUGCAUUUCUCGCUACAAACAUUACAACAACAUCAUCCAGAUAUGUGUGGGGGACCCGAAAAAGAUUCAGACUACUUUUAAGGGGGAUUCCGGGGGCCCCCUCAUAUGUAACAACAUGGCCCAAGGCAUUGUCUCCUACGGAAACACCAGUGCAAAACCUCCAAGAGUCUACACCAGGAUCUCGAAGUUUUUGCCCUGGAUAAAAAGAACAAUGAGACGCUUCAAACUGCUGAGAUCACAGUGAGCCACCCUGGAAUUGAUCCGUCCAUCUUCUCUGAGGCAAAGGCCAAUACUGCAUUGGGCUGAGAGGGUA